UCAAUCAAUGCAACACGAGAAAUCGAAGACAUGGACCUUUGCCUCGUGACCCCCAUGAGCCCUGUCCUGUCCAUGUCCGUGCCUGGAUCCAAUGCUGCUAGCAUCCUCCGCCAAACCACUCGUAACUGCUAGCAGCAUCAAAUUGGAUCCCUCCACACUCUUUCUCCCACGGCCUAGCCGCAUUUUGGCAGCUAGCAACGAUGCAGACACAGGACGAAGCCCGAUCCGCAACAACCUUGUUUCGUUUUUUACUGGCCUGGCACUUCUCACUCGUAAAAUAUAUGGGGGUGCUGCACGAUGCCAUAACAAUCUCAUCAUCGCUCUUUUGUCGACGGGAUCUGCGCUCUUCUUUCUCCUCCGUCUCUCCAGCCGCUCUUUCUCGCAUCACGGAGUCGCAGCUGUGUGUGCUUGUGCUUUUUUUUGGGUUUUAAUUGUUCGGCCUCGCUCUUUUGACUGGCUGCCAACUGCCUGAGCGUCCGACCGCACUCGCUUCUUUUUUCUCUCUCGCUCGCUCUCUCUCUCUCUCGCUCUGGGUCACGUUGCUCUCACUUUCGUCUCCCCUUUUCCCCUGGGAUUCAUUCAGUGAACUGGACACUCGCCUUUUUGGUUGGACAAAUUCGCCGUGC